AUGGAACGUGAUCUUCUCCUGAUGAAGGGCGCUGGUUCGGAGGUUAACAGGUUCGGUGCAGUGGGUGAUUAUGCCCUUUCCUAUGGGGGCCCCAUCAAUGGCUUGGACUCGGCGGGGGGUGCAGAGAGGACGAACGGGGAUAUUAUAUUGGUAAACAUCCGACUAGCAGUCCUGAACCUAGAUUUCGAAAAAGCAUUUGACCGAGUCUCGCACCAGUUCCUUUUUCAGGUAUUGGACAAAAUGGGGUUCCCUGAUAGGUUCUUAGCCUGGGUGGGAUUACUUUACAAGGGCAUAAUCAGUAGAAUGUUGGUUAACGGGCACGUGUCCAAAGCGGUGAAUAUCCGCAGUGGCGUCCGUCAGGGGUGUCCUUUAUCUCCCCUCCUGUACGUGGCUUGCAUUGAGCCACUGGCACAGAUCUUGAGAAGGGAUAAAGGGAUCAAAGGACUCGAAGUGCCUGGGACGGGUGGACUGACCGCGACGUGCGUUUUAUAUAUGGACGACGUAACCCUUUUAGCCACCGACGUUUUAUCCAUGAGAAGAGCAAUGGACUUGACUGACUGGUACGGUCGAGCCUCGGGCGCCAAGCUCAACAGGAGCAAGUCCGAGGCCCAGCUCUUCGGGCCGUGGGGUAACGUGGACACAGGCGGACUGGAAUUGGUUUUUAAAACCGACUUACGGAUUUUAGGUGUCAAAUUUGACAAAGAGGGUGGAGGACGGGCAAACUGGGCCGACUUGCUAGGGAAAGUCAGGCAAAAACUGGGCUUUUGGGGACUAAGACAGAUGACUUUUGAAGGUAAAGUUUUAAUUUUUAAAGCAGUGAUUUUACCUUUGAUGUUACUCGUGUGUUCUGUUUUUAGUCCCCCAAGGAACUUUCUUUUAGAACUAGAGAGGGCGGUUUUUUACUUCAUCUGGGGAUCCAGGUGGGAGAGAGUGAAGAGGGAGGUCGUGAAGAAGAGACCGGAGAACGGCGGGAAAGGCCUCCCGGACCCCCACCUGUUUUUAGGCAGCCGUUUCACCGCCCUCCACAUCGGGUACGCCGUGGCCCCGUCCAGAGACAGCAAGACAGCAGCCAUGACCCGUUUCUGGAUGGGGUCCUACCUGCGAAGCCUAAAGAUUUUACCAGUUGACCUUAAAACGCCUGUGUCUUUUAAUCUAAGCAAAGAACACGAUUUUAUUAAGAAGUUUUUAAAGAAAAAUCUUUUAGAACGAGAAGAUGUCACCGUUUUAACUAACCACAAGUCUCUUCUCUCUCUUGUGCAGGAUCGGGAACCUGUGAGUCCAGUCCCCGGCCUCACUCUAAGUGAGGCCAAACAAGUUUGGAGGAACGCCGCCCACCCUGCUCUUCAGAACAGGCACAAGGACUUGUCAUGGAUGGUGGCCCAUGAGAUUCUCCCGGUCAGGGCGGUCAUGCACUCCCGGGGCAUGGGCUCCAACCCCAUCUGCCCACGACCCGGAUGCAACGCGCCGGAGACCGUGCGACACCUCUUAUGGGAGUGCGGCGCUGCGCGGGACCAGUGGACCACGACCGGCCCCCUGUAUUUCCCGUGCCUGUCAGCUGGUGGGGUCCAGAUGGACUACAAGCUCGCCAUCCUCGGGGUAGGCCCAGGCUCGAAGGGCCUAACAGUACAGAGGUUCACCACGCUCUGGCUCACCCUCAACGCCGUGAAGGAUGCCAUCUGGACCACCAGAAACCUGCUGGUGGGGAAACGCGUGACGGUGCCCCUCCACGCGAGCGAGCAAAUGGCGAAGUCCAUGCUGCAGGGGUACCGCGCGUCGACAUUCGGAGGAGGGGGCCGGGGUCGCACGAGAAAGGCCCCGGCCGCCACCGACCCUGGCCGCUCGUAGAUGCGCCCUCACCUGCAAAGGCUACGGGAGCAGCGAGCCGGAGGGUAGAGGAUCUCCGCUGGGCACUGGAAGUGACGGGCCUUGGCCGUGGCUGGAGAGCAGUGGGAUGGGCUCCCUUGGUAAGGACUCACACCCGAUCCUGAACAAGAGAGGACAUUUGAGUGGUUUUUUUAAUUGUUUGUUUAGACAUGUAUUUGCUUUUUUAUUAAACAAUUGAUUUAUUUAACUAUAUUUAAAAACGAAACGAUUUUAUGGACACUUUUAUUCAUAGUUUUUUACACACACAAUUUAUGUAUUUAUUUAUUUUUCCUUUAAACAGUUUUUAAAAUAAGAAAUUGUUUUAUCUAAGUUUAUUUAUUUAUUUGUUAAUGAAAAAAUGUCUGUAAACUGAAAAGGAAAAAAAAAUGUGUACACUGUGAACAUGAAAAAAGA